AUGGGGGGAGUCACUGAGAUCAUACUACACCUCCUUGGUGCUUAGCGCCUCAUUAGUACAUCGCAUCACUAUUACAGCACCUAGCGCUGGGAGACACACAAUGGUGAUUAGUGACCCACACUAAAGUCAGUGUUAUCCGCAAUGCAGAUGGAGUGCAGGGCUGUCCAACCCCUGUCCUCUUAUAGUACUACAACUACUGGGUUACUGAGGGGCCAUGGGUUGGCCACUAACCUUUGGGCUGGAUUUGCUGGCAAAUUCACUGGUAUCUCAGCUUUGCUGUAUGGGGAAGAUUUCCUUUAGUGAUUGAGGCUAAUAAGUGCUUAUACAGAGCUCCCUGCUCUCUGUGGGAUGUUUGAAGUGGGUUUAUUGAUAAGCAUGGAUAUUUAUAUUCCUAUUAUUAGAUACAUUAUUAUUCUUUCCAUAGGACUCUGCCACACCUCAUAUGUAAUACAAUAUGGGCGGUUAGGUCAAUUAUUGCCCAUUGUUGUGCCCUUUGUAUGCCUUGUUUGAGUGUUGGGAAGCAAGUGUCCUGAUAUUAAUAAGAUGCUGUGUAAGACAGUUUUCUGGUGAAGCCUUUGUAUGGAGCCUAUUAGCCGUAGUCAUUUAAUAAUUCAUGCUUUUAUGGAAACAAAGAGAGCGCUGCGUGGCCCAUGUGUCAUUAUGACCUAUCCAUUCUGUGUGCUCCUGGGAGUAUCAAUGACAUCAACCAUCUCCAACUACAGCAGUGCUGUGCCUCCUGCCUCUCUCUCUAUGGAAUCCUCCAAGAUAACAUUGCCAUGGCUACUUCUAAUCUAGAGAACCAGCUCCAUAGUGCCCAGAAGAAUCUACUCUUCCUGCAGCAGGAACAUGCCAACACGCUGAGAGGCCUGCAUACAGAGAUCCGCCGCCUACAGCAGCACUGCACAGAUCUGACAUACGAAUUGAUCCUGAAAAGCCCAGAUGAGACAGGAAACGGUAUGUCAAGAAGCCACGAAUUAAGGAUAAAAUGUGAGGAACUGGAAGCUGAGCUAAAAGUCAAAGAAACUGAGAAUAAUGAGUUGCUAAAAGAUCUGGAACAGAAAAAUGCAAUGAUUAUGGUGCUGGAAAACACAAUUAAAGAAAGAGAGAAAAAGUAUUUGGAAGAACUAAAAGUGAAGAGCCAUAAGCUCAACAUGCUUUCCAGUGAACUAGAGCAGAGAGCCGGCACCAUUGCCUAUCUCACCUCCCAGCUACAUGCAACCAAGAAAAAGCUGCUGAGUUCUACAAGUGGGACAACUGAUAUUGCCCCGCCAGGUAGCCCAGUCCUUUCCAGUUACAAGCCGGCCCCUCCUAAAGAGAAACUACCAGAGACUCCAAGACGCAGAAUGAAAAAGAGCCUCUCUACUCCUCUCAAUGCUGACUUUGCAGAAGUCUACAGGCUAGGAGCAGAUGGCAGAAAGAUAAUGCUGCGAGAGUCUGUGGAUGCCAUGCCUGACCCAACUCCAUUUUUAUUGGCCAGGCAGUCUGUAGAAACACAGAUGAUCAAAGAGAGGCCACUAGUUAUCCCUCCUAUUCGCUCUGACUCCAGCAGCCCAGCCAAAGAGAAGAAGCAGAAGGCCCACAUUGGGGUAGCUCAUCGUAUCCCCCAUGCAACUUCUGUGCAGAGCCAAGUCGUUCCCCAGCCGGAAGUUGAAACCUUAGCAGUGGAUCAAGUUAAUGGAAGCAAAAUAGUAAGGAAGCACUCAGGAACUGACAGAACUAUUUAAGGCACAUUUAAAUGCAAUGAGUAACCAGAAAUAUGCUUUUUAUUUACUCUGCGGCCUGACAGAAUAUAAGGGUAAUUUUUUUUAUUCUGUACUAUUGUAACCUGCAUGCCAAAUAUAAACCAAUUCUCAAAUGUUAAAAUGAAAGGGACUGCCCUUAAGCACCAAUUGAAAGUGACUCCUCACUAAGCAAGUGCUGCUGUUACAUGUCUCUGUAAUGCUUGCUCCCAGUAUGUGCGAUAUCUGGCUGUGCUAGACAAAGCACACUAUACACACACAACUACUUCAGUCUAGUCUACUCUAAUAUUAUACAGGCAAGCAUCACAGUAAGUGCUUUUCCCUAAUUCCUCCUACUCUGUAUUUCCCACGCUGCAGUACAAUGCCUUCCUCUGGCGGCACUGACAAUAAUAUACAUGUAUGUGUAAGUAAGUUACAUUUAAGACUACUGUUAUUUUUUUCUAAGCCUCUCUGUGUUUCUAUACACUUUUUGUAUGUUUACAGCUUUUCUGUGAAGGUGUAAUGUGAAUUUACGGCAGGACUAAUUUUGGCACUACCAUAUUUAGUACGGGAUGAUGUUUUUUAAUGCUGUCGCUCCUUAGACAUAAUCCUACAAGCUGGAAUGCUUGCCAAGUCUUGCCACAACUGCAUAUAUCAUAUUAACAGACCUGUCUGCUUCAUGACGCAGCAUUUAUCCCUCUAGUGGCUUUUGAAUAAAGCUGCAGUUCUGUAAGAUGCUAAUUAGCCUUGAUAAGCGAUUACAGUGUUUUACUAAUUUCUUAUCAUUCCAAGCAGUUAUGAUAUAAAUCAUAUUGAAGCAUAAAGUGCACCUAUAAUCAGAACAAAUGCCCUCAAAGGGUGAAACUAUCCACAGUGCUACCAGGGCAGUGGCACUUGGGCUCAGAAGCUUUCAGCAGUCCUUCUGUGGUUUUUGAUUGGGUGAGGAAUGAUAAGGAUAUGAUUAGUGUUUUUGCACUGGGGAAUUUUAAGGUCUUUUUAAGGUUUUGCCAUUAGUAGAGAUACUCAUAGUGAAGUCCAACAGCUGUUUGCAGGCUGAACAGCCCUGAUAUAAGAAAUCCCACAUUACUUGGGCAAAGUCAGACCUGACGUAUGGUCCACUUCAAUCCACAUUUUGUAGGCAUUUUGGUGGCUAGAAGCGGACCCAUUCUCAUCAGCAGCUUUGGCCUGAGUGCAGCUACAUGGGGCAGAGAUUGCAGAAGCGUGCAUUUUGGGGCCAACACUAUGCAGCUGAUGAUGAGCAGAUCCGGUUCUUUCCACCUGCUUACAAAACGCAGAUGGAGAAAAGCAGACUGUAUGCCAUGUCUGAAGGCAUGACACUGCAGGGCAACAGUGUGUCUGUCCCAGGCCAUAUUACUAAUCAAUGUUUUGCAUCACACGAGAUACACAACCCCUACUGAAAUGUACUUAUAGGCACUGUACUUCUGGCUUUUGUUAUUUACACUAAGGGUAAUUUAUCCAGUAGCGAUUGAUAGGGAAAGCCAUUGCUGUUCCUUAGAGAGAUAAGGAAAGAUUGUAACUUAUUGUGUUUGGCUUGAAAGUAAAUAAUUAUGUGCUCAUGGUGUCUGCCACCUCAUUGAAUGUAUAUAUGCAAAAGAAAUUCAGUGCACUUAAAUAAAACUUAACUUAAGGGUGAAUUAAAUCAUUUACUCAGUACAUAAGUAAUUAUAGUAUUGGUAUCCUGCUACUAUUAUUAAAUAUGCUAGCAAUGGUAAUUUAAUUAUUUAUGAAGUAAAAGUUAAGUUUUAUUUAAAUGCACUAAAUUUCCUUUUCAUAUAUUCAAAAGAAAGAUCCACACCUUUCUACUAAAACCAAUGUAUUCCAACUGGUGAUGCUUUAUGUGCUAUGCAAACAGGCCCCACAGGCCAACUGGAUCCAGAAUGACUGCUAGCAUAGCACUAAAGGAGCAGCUUUGGAAGUAAAUACACAAUUAUUAUCAGUUCAGUGUGCCAGUACAGUGUAUUUAAAUGUAUAGGAAGCAAUUUUUAGCGUUACUGACCCUUUAAGUGCAAAACGUUUUUAUACUUCAUUUGACAUUUCCAAAAAGUGUAUGCAUUAAACAAAGUCAUCUUGAAUAAAA